AUGUCUAUAAAAUCAGACCUCAUCCUCGCGGCAGCGCCGACGACAACUCGAGGUUCUCCCACACCACUCUCCUCAGACUCCAAAGGCGAGCGAAUCGCCUACGCCAGCAACAAAUCGAUUUUCGUCCGCUCAAUUGACCAGCCCGAGAUCUCGAAGCAAUACACACAGCACACUGCGCAGGCCACAGUUGCUCGCUUCUCUCCUUCCGGCUUCUACGUAGCAUCAGGCGAUGUUAGCGGCAGCGUGAGGGUCUGGGACUCGCUGGGAGCAGAAAACACCAAGGGCGAAUACCACAUCAUAGCCGGCAGGAUCAACGAUAUAGCAUGGGAUGGAGACAGCCAGCGGAUCAUUGCUGUCGGCGACGGCAAGGAGCGGUUCGGCCACUGCAUUACGGCAGACUCAGGCAACAGCGUUGGCGAGAUCAGUGGACACUCAAGCCAGAUCAACAGCGUGAGCAUACGACAGCAACGACCUCUACGAGCGGCGACUGGGAGUGACGAUACGAGUUUGGGCUUCUUUCAUGGUGCGCCGUUCAAGUACAACACCAGCAUACGAGGGAAGCACGACAAGUUCAUAUACGGCACACAGUUCAGCCCUGAUGGGAACAGCAUAGUCAGCGUAGGGAGUGAUCGACGGAUAUGGCUUUACGAUGGCAAAACUGGUGAGGCUCAGAAGCAGAUCGGUGAGGGGCAACACAAGGGCAGUAUCUUUGGGGUGAGCUGGGCGAAGGACAGCAAGAAGCUGGUCACAUGCUCCGGAGACCAGACAGUUAAGAUAUGGGAUGCUGAGGCCGACAAGUGUGUACAAAGCUGGCGAAUGGGUGAGGAGGGUAGUGUGAGCAUCCCUGAUCAGCAGGUGGGCGUUACAUGGCCUGGUGGCAGAAGUGACGGCCUUGUGAUAUCUGUGGAUCUCGAAGGCAACCUCAACUACUUUCAAGAAGGUAGCGACAAGCCCGUCAAGGUGGUCAGAGGCCACCAGAAGGCGAUUACUGCGGCUGGAGGUCUGGCGGAGAGCAAGACGCUGUGGACUGGUAGCUCCGACGGCAGGGCACGCUCGUGGGAUCUGAGCUCUGGCGCCGCCAGCCUGAUAGACGGCGAGCAGCACUCCAACUACGUCUCGGGAAUAGCGACGUCACCUAAAGACGGCCGAGUGUACAGCGUCGGCUGGGACGACACCCUUCGCACCGUCGAUGCGGCUCAAAAGUCCUUCACUGGCAAUGCACUGAAGAUGGAUGGCCAACCAAAAGGAGUCGCUAUCGCAACGUUAGGCGGCAAGCCUCAUACGCUGGUCAUAACCAACAAUGGCAUCGCAACAUACGCCGAAGGCUCCGAAGUCAGCAAGCAGAAGACUCCAUCCCCGCCAACCUGCAUAGCAGCUUCUGGGGAGACUGUAGCUGUAGGAUCAGAUGACAAGAAAGUCCGUCUUUUCAAAGCCGGAUCACCCGCCUCCUUCGACUCCAUGACAGAGCUGAAAGACAUCACGCAUCCUCCUUCAGCCCUCGCUUUCUCGGACGACGGCUCUCACUUGGCUGUCGGCCUGUCAAACGGCAAGAUCUUCGUCUACUCCAACUCAUCCGGCUCAUGGGCGCUAGAAACGAACCGUUGGUCCGCACAUACUGCUCGCGUGACUUGCAUAGCGUGGAGCCAGGAUGGAAGGAAAGCUGUGAGCGGUGCACUGGACACGAAUGUGUUUGUGUGGAGCCUGGCGGAUCCUGGGAAGAGAGUGAAAGCUCUGAAUGCGCAUAAGGAGGGUGUUGGUGGCGUUGUGUGGGCGGAGGAUAGUAAAGUCAUCUCCUGCGGUGCCGAUGCUGCCGUGAAGGUGUGGAAGGUGGAGGGGGUGGUUUGA